CCCAGCCAGCAUAUGUAGGCCUACUUUUCUUCACCGUCAAACCAAGCUGUCAGAGCAGAAUCGUAGGCAACUAUGCACUGUCUGAGAGCGCUGCGUCUGUCCUGCUCUGUACAACUGAUCGCCAAACACACAGAUGCGGUUAAGAAGGUUUUCAUCUUCCAGCCAGCAUGUUGUCUGAGCACGAAAUCACCAACGACGUCCCAGCGACCACCGCCUACAGACUUGGAUCAUUUCCAUCUGAAAAUGCCCUGAAGAAAACCGGCCUUCAAGCAUCAGACCCUCGUCUAAAGGACUGCAUGGAGAAGCUCCGACUGGCUGUGAAGGAAUCUGUUCCUGAGGUGAUGAUGGACAGAGACCUUUUCCACAGGUGUUUCGGUGGAAACAUCGUCCUGCUGAUCCAGGCCUUCAGAAAGAAAUUUAUCAUCCCUGAGUUUGACGUGUUUGCACAAAAAAUAAAUGAAAUCUACAACACAGUGCAAAGCCAAAGGGAUGGGAAGGUUGCAGACUACAUCCCCCAGCUGGCCAAGUUUAGUCCAGAACUGUGGGGUGUGUCUUUGUGUACAGUGGAUGGCCAGAGGCACUCAGUAGGCGACACCAAGCAGCCGUUCUGCCUGCAGUCCUGUGUGAAGCCCCUGCAGUACGCCAUCGCCGUCCACGAGGAGGGAUCAGAGAGGGUUCAUCGUUAUGUUGGCAUGGAGCCCAGUGGAUUCAAGUUCAACAUGCUCUCGCUCGAUGAUGAAGAUAAGCCCCACAACCCCAUGGUGAAUGCUGGAGCCAUAGUGAUCAGCUCUCUUAUCAAGCCUCGUUCAAAUAAGGCAGAGAAGUUUGACUAUGUUAUGGAGUAUGUGAAAAAGAUGGCAGGCCAAGAGUAUGUGGGAUUUAGCAAUGCCAUGUUCCAGUCAGAAAAAGAGACAGGCGACAGAAAUUUUGCCAUUGGAUACUACAUGAAAGAGAAGAAGUGUUUUCCUCCUGGAGCUGAUAUGAUCGAUGCGCUAGACUUCUACUUCCAGCUUUGCUCCAUCGAGGUGACCUGCGAAUCAGGAAGUAUCAUGGCUGCCACUCUGGCCAACGGAGGGAUCUGUCCAAUCACAGGCGAGCUUGUCCUGAGUGCCGAGGCAGUGCGAAACACUUUGAGUCUCAUGCACUCAUGUGGCAUGUAUGACUUCUCUGGCCAGAUGGCUUUUCAUGUGGGCUUGCCAGCCAAAUCCGGGGUGUCCGGUGCCAUUCUGCUGGUGAUCCCCAACGUCAUGGGAGUGAUGUGUUGGUCUCCUCCUCUGGACAGAGUUGGAAACAGCGUCCGGGGAAUACACUUCUGUCAGGAGCUUGUUUCCCUCUUCAAUUUCCACAACUAUGACAACUUGCGGCACUUUGUCCAGAAGCAGGACCCUCGCAGACCGGAUGGAGAUGACAGGAACAAAUCUGUUUUUAAUUUGAUGUUCGCCGCCUACAGUGGAGAUGUGUCUGCCCUGAGAAGGUUUGCUCUCUCAUCCAUGGACAUGGACCGGAAAGACUAUGAUUCUCGAACAGCUCUUCAUAUCUCUGCAGCAGAGGGUCACAUAGAUGUGGUGAAGUUCCUGACUGACACCUGCAAAGUUGAUCCAUUUGUAGAAGACAGGUGGGGGAACUUACCAGUCGAUGACGCCAUGCAGUUUGGACAUGACGAGGUGGUGAAUGUGCUGAAAGAAUACCAGCAGGUCUGCAGGCAGCAGGAAACACAGCACACGGAGACUGAGCUUCCCCCGAAGCUGGACACCAUCGAGAGCAUGGUGUGAUGGAUUUGAAUAGAGUCCCCACACUGUACCAUGUCAGGGCAUAUGUGCAAUCUGUCAAGUUUUUAAAUAUGAAGGUUCAUUUGUAGCUCAUAAAAUGAGUUCCAAAUUAAGACCAGAAUAUAACUUUAUGAAUAUAAAUUAACUAUGCUGAAAAAGGAAAAUAUUCAUGAUUGGAAUGGAAAAUGGUAGGAACAUGCAAAUAGAAUAUAAACUAGACAAGAAAAUACAAUGCAAACAAUAGGCAGAGAAAACACAACACAACAAGCCAAUAUAAUACAACAUUUGUGGGUUUGUGUAAACAACAACAUAUGCUGUGAACAGACUCUAAUUUCAAAUCAGUACUGCUGGAAUACAUCAUCAACCGGGACUCAAUGUUCAUGUUAUGGUAAGAUUCAUGUAGGGUCAUAUGUAGCAGAGGUUCUCAGUGUUGUUGAAGAGGGAUUUGAUAAAAGAUGGAUAUUUGUACUUGCAAUGCUUCACAUAACUUACAACAGUACAUUUUUACUGUUAUAGUUUUACUGUUUUAUUAUUCUGUUGUGCCUUGUUGUAACAUUUAAAUAUGUGAAACUAUGUUUGGAUGUAAAAUCUCAAAUUUGGCGUAUUAUAAAAGGGAAACGAUAGAAGGGAUUGUACCCAAUAAACCUAAUGUUGAAAA